CGUCAUGUGUGGGGAAGACUCUCACAACAUCACUCUUCCCGCGCUUUCUGGGUGAGCGUGGCUGUCAGAGUCGGGUGCAUCUGCGUCUCUUACUCCACAAUGGUUUUUAUCUUCUGAAGAGAGCCCAGAUUCUGUUGCUGUUGCAGUUUUAGAAAUUUGAAAGAUGGAAUUUACGCCUAAAAAACAACCUAACUUUGGCUCAGGCCCUCUCCGUCAUAAUCCUUACUCCACUGGGGGCCGUACUUACAUAAAAAGAUACAAGAAAAGAACUGGAAAUGGCAGUACUCCACGGUCAUCACUUGUUACCCCACCUAGGACCAGUUUGCAAAAAAGAUUUUUGUCACGAACUGACAAGAUAGUGAACAUUUCAUCUAAGCCUCAAACACAGCAUGGUGAUGGACAGACCUUGGGAAAGUGGUUAAGUAAAAAAGGAACUCCUCAAGCCAUUAAACGGCCAUUUAGUGCUAUUAAUGGGAAAGAGAAUUUAGAUGAUCCUUACCGUGUUUUUACAGACAGUGAUAGUGAAGUCUCUGAGAUUGGAAGCAAAACCAACAAUCCUCUUGACUCUUCGAAUACCCUCUCGGAUAGUGAUUGUGAAAUAUUUGACAGGAAGAACAAAACUUCUGGGAAGGAGAACUUAUUUUUUGGACCUCAUAAAAACAGCUCAGUCAAAGUAUAUACGAAAAAGAAAUCGUUGAACUUGUCUAAGUCAAGGCUUGUUUCUGAUAUUUCUCCAGAGAAAGUUGAAAGGGCUUAUGGGUCCAAACUUUCAUCUGAAGCCGAAAAGGAAAAUAUACCAACAGAUAUUAAAGGAGAACUUGCGGAAGAAAUUACCUCGCCACAUCUCAUUGGGUUUCCCAACUAUGGCAAUACCUGCUACCUGAACUCGGUCAUUCAAUCUCUGUUUGGCUUACCGGCUUUCUUGGGUGACUACAAGGUUGUGGCUUCCCAGCUUAGCAUGCCUCAUACAUCACUGUCAUUUGGCCUGAGUCAAGUUCUCUCCAACAGGAUGAAGGGCCAAGUUUCUGGAGUUAAGCAGUCACUCAAGACUAUUAAGGAGAAUCUUGAGCGAGUCGAUGGCUCUUUUUCUGGUUUUAAGAUGCAGGAUGCAAAUGAGUUCCUGACCCGGGUACUUGACACCAUAAAAGAUGAGAUCGACCGUUGCCACAUGACCACUCCCAGCCCUGACCGCCCAGUAAGCUCUCGGGCGCUUGUUAACACUGCAAAAAUAGAUGUCGAUGAAGAUAUUUGCCUUAGUGGUGCUCCGAUGAAUGUAUUAAGUUUAUCCAGCUCACCAGAACCUUCGAAAGGUGCAGACGGUGAUAUUGGCGAUGACAUCACAGAUAAUGAAGUGAUUAAUGUUCCGGAGACAAACGUCCGUUAUAUGAAUGAGAAGGACAUUACAGGUAUUAAGGUCAUAGACGCAGAAGUUGAAAAUAGUAAAUGUAAAUCCACAUACUCCUACACAAAUGGCAAAAAAUUAGUAGGAAGAGAAAUUGCUGUUGAUCCAAGAUGCACAGUUAAUGCACAGGAAGUUACACCUAGAAAAACCUGUGAGGAAGAAAUAAUGCCUAGAAAUCCCGUGAAGGAUAACUUUGAAUUUCAACUGCUGGAGUCCUACAGAUGUUUAGGGUGUAAUGAAGUAGAAGGGAGGAGACAGGAAUAUUUUGGUCUGUACGUGAAUCUUCCAGAAGGUCAGGAUUCAAUCCAGGAUGCUAUUUCCUCAUACAUGGGUGCAGAUGAAAGGGAACUGAAGUGUGAAAAGUGUGGUCAUAACCAGUCUUCUGUUGUUACUUCAGUUACCAGAUUGCCCAGAAUACUUAUUAUCCAGCUUAAACGGUAUGAAUACAAACCAGAACAACACGAGAGUGUGAAAAUGUCAUCACGCGUACGUAUCAACCGUUGGCUCAGCUUAAAUUCAUAUUUGACCAGUGAUGGAUGUGGACCUUCUCACUGGAGUCCUCAGACUGGCAGUUACGUCACACCUCGGACACCAAAGCAGGCGACCCUAACUGUUCGUAAUCUGUCGUCUGAGUUGAAUAUGUGUGAUGGAAAGAAGGAUGAAGAAGAGCUCCCUUGCUUUCUUAGUCCAGCUAAGCCUUCUGGGAGUUUCACCGCCACUACCUCUGAUAAAGAAGAUGAGGAACUGCAGGAAGUGAUGCGCCGUAGCAUGGAUGAUGUUGGUGGCGUACGCGAAGAAGAUGAAAUCCAGCAAGCCAUUAGGUUGUCCCUCCAGGAAUUGGGAAUGAGUUAUACACAAGAAAAUCAGGGAGAAAAUGCAGAAGGCAAGGAUGAUGAGAAGGGGCAAAAUAGUCUCGUCAUUGAAGAAAACGGGGAGAGUGACCGGCAUACUUACUGCCUAAUUAGUGUGAUCAGCCACUUUGGUCUCACAACUAACACUGGGCACUAUGUAGCAGAUGUAUUCAAUUGUGAAGAAGACAGCUGGUUCCAUUAUGAUGAUGAGUGUGUUGUAAAAAUCCCAGAGACUGUUGUCUUUGCAGAAGGUCGACAGAAGAAUGGCUACAUCUUCUUCUAUAUGCAUAAGGAUCUCUUUAAGAAGAUGGAGAAGAAAACCAGUGUCAAUAGAUAAUAGAUGUUUUCUGUAGUGUUUGUAAAUAAUUGUAUAGUGUUUUAUAAUAUUUACUUUAAAAUUAGAUAAUUGUACAAAAAUCAUUCAU